AUGCCGCCAAAAAAGAAAAAUACUGACACAAAUUCGAAAGAAGAACUAGAAAAAUGGAGUAAAGAGGAACUUAUAGCGAGAAUUAUGCAAUUAGAAGCUCACAAUGUACAGUUAAAGAAUAUUAUAAGUAAGAACUUCUCUCAAUCUUCUUCAGAAACUGAUGCGAAGGAAAACAAACGACAGGUGGAUUUUAGCAAAUACCACUUCCGUCGUGUCCUACUCCGUAUAUCCUACUUCGGUUGGGACUACAAUGGUCUUGCAGUGCAGGAGGACUCCAACCAGACCAUAGAGCAUCACCUCUUCAAUGCCCUCACAAAAUCCUGCUUGAUACAGAGUCGAGAGACCUCUAAUUAUCAUCGAUGUGGACGGACGGACAAAGGUGUCAGUUCUUUUGGGCAGGUAAUAUCAAUAUCCUUAAAAAGCAAGUUCCCACCCUGCGAGCAAUAUACAGAAGAAGCAUUAAAUAAAGAAAUAGACUACUGCAAGAUCCUGAACAGAUUACUGCCUAAAGACAUUAAAGCCGUUGCCUGGAUGCCCAUACCUGAGAAUUUACCUGAAUUCAGCGCUAGGUUUGAUUGCAAGAAGCGUUUAUACAAAUACUAUUUUCCUCGAUCGUUGCUUAACAUUAAGGCUAUGAAGGAGGCCUGUAGUUAUCUAACAGGAUCCAAUGAUUAUCGCAAUCUUUGCAAGAUGGAUGUCGGUAACGGUGUGGUCGAGUUUGUUAGGGAAAUUAUAUCUGCUGAUAUUUUACCUGUGAACCCUAGUGAUGUGGAUUCCGCUACAUCGAUGUUCUACCUCCAGAUCGAAGGUAACGCCUUCCUAUGGCAUCAGAUCCGGUGCAUCAUGGGCGUACUCCUGCUGGUCGGCCAGGGUAAGGAGACGCCUGGAGUCAUCAGGGAGUUACUUGAUGUGGAGAAAAAUCCUAGGAAACCUCAAUACAAUAUGGCUCUGGAUUUACCUCUGAAUUUAUUUCACUGUUCGUAUGACAUAAUUGAGGGACAAAGCUGGAGGUGUAGCAAACAGGGGCUGGCAGAGGUGUUGGGUCAUCUGCAGAGCGAGUGGACAAUGCAUAGUAUCAAAACAACAAUGAUAAAAGAAGUCAUCAAUGAAAUUGAAUCGCUAUACAGCAAGUGUCAGAGCGAGACAGCAAAUACAGAUAGUCAGCAGAGAGAAGAGGACGGAGUUAUAACGUAUGCUGACUGUCUCCUACAGGGUGUCAGAGCUAAAGUGUAUAAGCCGUUAUUGAAGAGAGAUACCUGUUCAAGCCUAGAAGAAAGAAUAGAGCAUUAUAAGAAGAGAAGAAAAUUAGCUGAUCCCAAUAAGGAAGCAGAAGAAAAGAUGGAUGUGUAA